CUUUGUAGUUGAUAGGCGUCUUGUCUUAGGUGCAAGUAACUUCUGUUUGGACGCCCUAGCUGCAUACCAUGGCUGGAAUUCUGGCGAAAACACUUGGGACGAGUGUUCUUAAUGGACUACAUAGUCGCGCUGUCAUAGGCCAAGCAUCCCAAGGAUUUCGUGCGUUGCUAUCAUCUGUGUCUGCUGCGGAUCAAAGCCCGUCGACACCUCGCAUGCCUGACUUUGCGCACACGCCAGCUCCUUACGAUGGCCCGUCAGCCGAGGAGGUGCUUGCGAUGCGAAAGCAACACCUUAGCCCUUCUCUAUUCCUCCAUUUCAAGAAGCCUGUCAUGAUCGUGGAAGGCAAAAUGCAAUACCUUUACGACGAACGCGGCCGGCGUUAUCUGGAUGCUUUUGCCGGAAUCGUGACGGUUAGCGUUGGGCACUGCCAUCCCGAGGUGGUGGAAGCCAUAAACCAUCAGAACCAGCUGCUGCAGCACACCACCACCAUCUACCUGAACAACCAAGUUGCCGAGUACGCCAAGGAGCUCGCGGACCGCAUGCCCGGCAACCUCAAGGUGGUGUACUUUGUAAACUCGGGCAGCGAGGCCAACGACCUGGCCAUCAUGCUGGCCCGCCUGCACACCCGCAACUGGGACAUCAUCUGCCUGCGCAACGCCUACCACGGCAUGAGCCUGGGAACAAUGGGCACAUGCGGGCAGCACACAUGGAAGCAACCCAUGCCGCAGGGUUUCGGCUACCACCACGCACUCAACCCCGACCCCUACCGCGGCGCCUUCGGGGACGACGGCCGCCGCUACGCCGCCGACGUGGCGGACCUGAUCGGCGCCGCCACCCCCGGGCGGGUGGCGGGGUUCAUUGCGGAGAGCAUCCAGGGGGUGGGCGGCACGGUGCCGCUGGCCUCGGGGUACCUGCCGGAGGUGUACAAGCUCAUCCGCCAGGCGGGUGGGCUGUGCAUCGCCGACGAGGUGCAGACGGGCUUCGGGCGCACCGGGCGGCACUACUGGGGCUUCCAGCGGCAGGGGGUGCUGCCUGACAUCGUGACCAUGGCCAAGGGCAUCGGCAACGGGCUGCCGCUGGCGGCGGUGGUGACCACCCCCGAGAUAGCGGCGGCCAUGUCGGGGCGCCUGCACUUCAACACCUACGGCGGCAACCCGGUGUGUUCCGCGGGCGGGCGGGCGGUGCUGCGGGUGGUGGACUCCGCGGGCCUGCAGGCGCACUGCGGGCGGGUGGGGGCGCGGCUGCUGGGGCGGCUGCGGGGGCUGGCGGAGAAGCACGACGUGAUCGGGGACGUGCGCGGGGAGGGGCUGAUGCUGGGGGUGGAGCUGGUGCGGGACAGGCGCACGAAGGAGCCCGCCCCCUCCGAGACCGCCGCCGUGAUGGAGUCCAUGAAGGAUCUGGGGGUGCUGAUGGGCAAGGGCGGGCUGGCGGGCAACGUGUUCCGCAUCAAGCCGCCCAUGUGCUUCACGGAGGGGGACGCGGACUUCCUGGCGGAGGUGAUGGACGAGGCGCUCAGCAGGCUGUGAGAGGGGGGGGGACCUGAACGCUGUUAGGGGGGAUUUGGUUAAAGACCAUACCAAACCAUAGGUUAGGGCGAGGCAAUGGGGAUACAGGAGGCGGCAGAGUGCCGCGAUACAAAGUGAAGGUUAGCGUUGAGGGGGGGAGGGGCGGGAGACCUAACCGCUGAGGGGGGGGGGGAAAUGCGGGCGGCCGGGAGGUGUGUGGGAUGAGAGAAGCGGUUGCCGGACCGGGUUCGGCUAUCGGAGGGUGUUCCCCUUUCUGAGUCAUGCUUGCACGAGUGAUCCUCCGCAUGUACACUACGUUAGCUGAGUCGCGGCUGCAGCGCGUCUCAACUGCGAUUUUGCUGUGAAACUUUCUGUUGUACCAUUUCCUGUUUGUUGUACGGUUCGGUUGCGGUUGCCAAGGCGAGAUCUGCAGGGGCGAAUGUACGAUACGUGCCGACGAGGGGGUACGCUGCGAUCGGAAGAGGGAACUCUCCAGGAGGGUUUGGUGGAAAGGCGGCGUUGAACAGAUUCUGUUAUAGGUUUUUUAUGGUUUCUUGCCCAGCGAGUGUGGGCAGCACAUCUGCCGACGCUACAUUCGAGGUAGCGGUGGGCCCUCCCUGUGUAACAUACGGA